AUGUUCGCUAAGCUCAAAUCGUGGUUCACGACAUUUAAACCCCCUCCUUCCCCUCUCCUCUACAUGCGUGUCGGUCCAGUUGGUAAAGAUGACAAUCCUCUCAUGCUCCAAUUCUUCACUUGGGAUACCUUGCAUGACAAUAUGAGCUGGUGGAAGCAUUUUGAGACGGAGAUCCCUCGCUUGGCUAGUCUGGGCUUCACCCAAGUCUGGCUACCUCCCCCGAACAAGGCUGCUGAACCGCUUGGUCGUGGCUAUGACGCAUACGAUCUGUGGGAUUUAGGUGAAUUUGACCAGAAAGGGACCGUCAAGACCCGCUGGGGGACGCGGGAGGAAUAUCUUCAGGCCUGCAAAGUGGCGAAAGAACAUGGGAUAGACAUUCUGAUAGACGCCGUUCUCAACCACAAGUUAGGCGCCGAUAAGGUGGAGACUUUCCAGGUUGUACCCGUUCAACCAGACAACCGUCUGAAGGACGCUGGACCUGCCCGAGAGGUCGAGGGAUGGACAGCCUUCGAAUACCCUGGCAGAGGAAACAAGUAUGGCGGUAUGCGUUGGAAUCGUGAACACUUCAGCGGCGUCGAUUGGGACCAUAAGACGAGGACUAGAGGAAUCUAUCGGAUAAUUAGCCCUGGGCAUAAGGGAUGGUCUCGUAACGUUGACUCAGAACUCGGGAAUUACGACUUCUUGCUUGGUAUUGAUAUUGAUCAUCGGCAUCCUGCGGUGCGAGAAGACUUAGCAAACUGGGGCCAGUGGAUCUUAGAGACUACAGGUGCCUCUGGCUUCCGACUGGAUGCUAUUAAACACAUAGAUCGGAAAUUCCUGCUUCAGUGGAUCCAAGAAACGCGGCGGAGAGCAGGUCUUAAGGACAUGUUCGUUGUAGCGGAGUACUGGUCGGGAAAUCUUAAACUGGUUCUUCCUUACAUCCGGGCAUUCAAAGGAGAGACCGCAUUUUUCGAUGUGCCUUUGCACAUGAACUUCAAUCAAGCAAGCAGAGAGCGAACGCGAUAUGACCUCAGAAAAAUUCUCCGCGACACGAUCGUCCAAGUCAAACCAAACGACGCUGUAACGUUUGUGGACAAUCAUGAUACGGUAGAUUCGAUCCUUGCUUCCUCUCUUGAAAGCUGGGUAGGUGACAACUUCAAGGUUCAAGCGUAUGCCAUCAUAUUACUCCGAGGUUAUGGCCUUCCAUGCGUGUUUUACGGUGACUUGUACCCCAACCGCGAAUGCUACAACGAGAACAUCGCACGCAACAUCGCACUUUUGAUUGAGGCGCGGAAAAACUUCGCGUACGGCCCAACGGAAGACUAUAAUGCUGACAGAAACUGCAUCGGGUUUGUACGUAAGGGCGAUACCACCCACAAGGGCUGCGCGGUUGUUCUCAGCAAUCGAGAGGACGGGUACGAUAGUCCUGGCUUAACCAUGUAG